UUUCUGAGAGGCAUCGUAUCUAUUUUUUGUUUCUAUUCCCGGUUGGUCACAGUGAUUUCAAAGGUCUUCUCCAUAACAUCCAACUCUGGUUCUGUAUCUUUCUCUUUAUUAUAUCUUAAAGGUGAGGCGGAGAACGGGUAGCGAACGGGAUGAUUUGGUUUUCAAGGUGCCUAACCUGAACCGUUAGAUUGGAUGAAUGAAUUUGAAAAUUGACAGUGAAAGAACAAGUGUUUUGAACUUGAGAAGGUUUUGAAGGCAAGAAUUUGAUCUGAAUUUGAUUCACAAGAAGAAUGGCAGAUUUGAUUUAUAAUUUCAACAAAACUCAAGAGCAACGAUUGGAGGAAUUCAGGGAUGUUCUAGUAUCUUUCAGUGCAUCAGAUGUUGUGAAGGCCUGGAUCUGUACUUUGGAAAAUUUUAUUGAGCCGACUGAAUGGCAAGCUCUUUGGAAGAUUUCUCGUCGUAUAUGUGAAGAGCUAAACAUCAUGUUUCCGAAGUUUGUGUUUGUCAAGGUUGUGAAUGUGAACUUCGAAGAGUUAACAGCAUUCGUAGAGGUUGAAAAGGUUCAAGAUGACAUAACAAUUCCAGUGCGACAAGAAGUGCCACUUGUUGAACUAUAUCCUACCAAACAUCAGGAUGACCCUCAUCUGAAUGUUGAGUACACAGCAAAUUUCAUUGAUCGAUUCAGAUUCUUUUAUAACCAGCUCUGGCGUCCAUGGGACGUUGAAGAUGGAGAUGGAGGGGAUUGGUCUACCAAGUACUUAGAGUCAAGACUUCAAUUGUUUUAUGAAAUGAACAAUGGUGUUAUUCCGCCAAAAAUAGCUGAUAAAAUGCACCAAAAAAAGGAGCAAGCAAGGAGCCUUUAUGAGAAAAAGCAGGAAAUUGAAGAAAUUUUACGUAAGAUGGAAGUGGAUUUGGAUUCAGAGGACAUUACGUCUUCUGUGGCUGAGAAGACCUAUGAGUUAAUGCAAGUUCAUCUUCAAGUGAACCCUCUGAUCACUGAACUGCAGCUCUUUGAAAACCCUUCAAUGAGGAAACUUAUCAUUAAGAAAUUUAUGGAAGAGGAAGAAACUGCAGGAAAAAAUUCAACUGCUAUAAUUGUAUGGCAGAGUGGAGUAGUGGAAAGCUUCAGAAAGUAUCUAAAAAUCUGUGAGGACAUACUGGAUGCAGAUACUCAUACAGUGUGUGCUUCAUCUUUAGAAUGUGCAUUCGAAAAAGCCUUGUCAGGCAAUACCAUUGUGCUCAAUGAAGGAGUUCACCACGCCAACCUUUCCCUAGAAUGCAACAUUUCCAUUAUUGGUUGUGGCAGCAGAAAUGCAGAAAUCGUGGCCAAAAAGAGCAAUAAUUUUCUUUUUAGUGCAAGGAAUGCCAGUAUUAAAUUCUGCAAUCUUAAACUCGAUGCAAAUCUUGUAUCAAAUGCACUGCAGAUACUUAAAAAUUCUAAUGUUGAGAUGAACAACUGUACAGUCACUGGUGAAGUAUCAAAAGGUAGCAGAGGCAUUGUAGUUAAUUCUGGUGCUUCUGUCCUUUUGGAUGGGUGUAAUUUUUCUGGGCUUCAUGUUGCUGUUUGCUGUCUUCCUGGCUCUCGAGUGCGCAUCAGAAAUUCAUGCUUUCAAAACUGUUCCUUCGGCAUUGAGGCUUAUGAAAGCACAGAACUACAAAUAAACAUGGUCUCAAUAAAAAAUUGUAAGGAAGCUGGUUUAUUCAUUUCGCAAUUUAGUGGGACUGAUGGUACAGGGAGUAUCAAGCUUCUCUCUAAGUUUCAGAAAUUUGAUGUGUCUCAGUUGCAGUUGGACCAGAAUACUAUUGACGUCAAAUUGAAGACUUUAUCUAGUGUUAUGUCAUAGAGCUGCUGAUUUUGAAAGAAAGAAAAGAUACAUUUAUUGUUGUUGGUUUUAGUGUUGGUUCUUAUUAAGUUUAUGUCGUCUAUCUACUCUAAUUGUGAUAUUAUGCAUACAAUAAAGUUUUUAUACUCUUUUA